GUUGGAAUUAUGUUCUUGCUGCAGAUAGUUAUACUCUUAACCUCGUUUAUUCUGUCGUCUGCAACAACCCCUUCGCCUGGCACGUCAUUGGAGGCACAAGUUCAAAGCCUCACCGCGAGGGUAAUAGAUUUGGAAAAUAAGCUGAAUGUCGAAAUUAAAAAACGUGAGUCUUUGGAUCUGGAGCUUCAAUCAAAGAACGAUCUGACACAGUUCCUAAUCAACGACGUGAAGGCGUUGAACAGUAGCAUGCAGUCGACAAAACAGACGUUGAACAACGUCAGUGCCGUCACAACGAAAACUUCCCAAGACCUUCGAGCACUGCAGUCGACGUAUGCGGAGGACAGGGCCUCAACGUCGAAGACACGUUCUGACUUACGUUCUUUGACUGAUCUGUUCUACAAAGACGUCGGCUUGAUCAACAACACAUUGGUCACAAUCCUGUCAAACGCCGUUCAACUCAACAGUUCUAUAUUUGCCUUUGUUGAACAAACAAAACGGACAACGAUGGACUAUUGUAAAAUUCAAACAAGCAAUGCUAUGAAUAUGGCAUACGGGGUUAAUACGACGACAAAUAAUAGGAUAGACGUAUUGGAGUCAUCUGUUGCCUCGACGACACAAUACUUGACGUCCAUGGUGAACAAUUCAUUGUCAGACGCCAACAAACUAAUAUCUGAGCGCCUGCAAAACCUCUCUUCAUCCUCCCAGUCAGAUUCUAAGAGUGUAGUGUUUUCUGCUUCCGGUGGACAAUUAUCGUCCGGUCAGGGUUUGAGGUUUAUGGUAUUCAGCAAUCUUCAUGUCAACACGGGUAAAUACACAUUCUUUUUGUAUCACGUAUGA